AUGAACGCAGAUGCAGAGGAAGUAUGGGGAGUAGUCGGGACUCAGUGGUUGAAACCUCAGCCGAAAGACACGGCCGGGAAAAGCAAUCCAAGCAAGAGACAUCGGGAAAGACUGAAUGCGGAGCUGGACACUUUGGCAAGCCUUCUUCCCUUCGAUCCCAAUAUCAUCUCAAAGUUGGAUAAGCUUUCCAUUCUUCGCCUUUCGGUGGCCUAUCUUCGGACGAAGAGUUAUUUUCAAGUAUCCAUGAGUAAGGAGGAAAUGGGAUAUCACCGAACACGGGAUCAUCUCGCCUAUCCUGAUCUCCACGGCAUGCUUGACGGCGAGCAAUUCAUACAAGCUCUGAAUGGAUUCCUAUUCAUCUUGGAUUGUGAUGGGGAAGUCUUCUUUGCUACCCACAGUAUUGAGAACUACUUGGGUUUCCAUCAGUCUGACAUUGUCCAUCAAUCCGUGUACGAGUUGGUGCAUUCUGAAGACCGAGAGGAGCUUCAGAGACAACUGACGUGGUCGUCGUUCUUACCUCCAGAGGCUUCAAAUCUCCGGCUUCACGAAGUUCUUCAACCAGAUCAUGUGCACCUUCUGGAGAGGAGUUUCACAGUUCGAUUUCGUUGUCUACUCGAUAACACAUCUGGAUUUCUCAGAUUGGAUAUCAGAGGGAGAAUCAAAAUCCUGCAUGGCCAGAACAGAAAGUCAGAGGAGCCACCCUUGGCUUUGUUUGCCUUGUGUACUCCGUUUGGGCCUCCGUCUCUCCUCGAUGUACCGCAAAAGGAUGUCAUGUUCAAGACCAAGCACAAAUUGGACAUGGCGCUUGUCUCUAUGGACCAAAGGGGGAAGACCUUGUUGGGUUAUGGAGACGACGACUUGAACAGUAGAGGGGGAUAUGACCUCGUCCACUAUGACGAUCUGGCAUACGUUGCAAAUGCACACCAAGAAUUGCUGAAGACGGGAGCAUCAGGGAUGAUUUGUUACCGCAUUCAAAAGAAGGAUGCAUCGUGGCAAUGGUUGCAGACUUCUUCCAGACUGGUCUACAAGAACAGCAAACCCGAUUUCGUCAUCAGCACCCAUCGGCCCCUCAUGGAGGAAGAGGGUAGAGAUUUACUUGGGAAAAGAACCAUGGAUUUCAAAAUCAGUUAUUUGGACUCUGCUUUUACAAGCACAUCGUACACAUCGGACUCGGAGUUAAAUAUGAGUCCUUCAUCCGGACCCCGAAUGAAUCGAAGAUACAAAGCGCAGUUGAGGGACUUCCUCUCAUCUUGCCGUACCAAACGACGAUCUCCUGCAGAGGACUACAUCGCAGCCACUCCCACUUACAACAACAUGUACUCCUAUCCUUGCCCAACCGAAAAUGGUCUGUAUGUGCAGCAGAACUUCCAAAACUUCUACCCGAACAUUGACAAUCGGCUUCUGUCUACUGAUAAUCUCUUCCAAUAUCGACACCUUGCUGCCGGGGCAUCAUAUUACACAGAUUAUGCACAUCCUUCAGCAUACAUGCAUGGAAAUGGGUUCUUGGAUAUGUCGACGAGACCCUGCAUCACUGGCUAUGAAAGUCAACUCGCCAUGAAGACUGCCACAGAACCAAACAAGUACUAUGGAUGCCAGUUGGACAUGGGAGGGAAAACGUACUGUGAUGCAUACGCAGAACCGAGAAAUUCCUCCUUUCCUCUCCAGUCCAUUGCCUCGUACAUUCGAGACUCUAAAAAUGCGGAGAGAGAAGUGAAGCACGAGCUGUCUUCUGUCGUCUCCCAGGGCACAUAUGCGACCAACGAUACCCGACAAACGGUGCUAAUGUGGGGAAGCACGAAUCUUCCCAAUAGCGUCACGACGACGACGGCAACCACAAUGUCCAACACUCCGACGACCGUUUCAACUAAUAACAUGCAAAAAGUAGAUCAAGAGGAGAGGAAAUACGUCGUAGUUGCUGAUUCUCCUACACCCAACACAGAUCCAAUCAAAAGUUUGUCUGCGAUGAAUCCAGCAGGAGGAGAUCCAUGCAAAUGGGGGAAACCACCCAAGUCCACACCGUCUUCUCCGUCUCCAUCUAGUCCGGAAGGAAGAGUUCCCAGGGUUGAGGUAGCCACUCCUUGUACCUCCAGCACUCUUGCUUCGUAUCAUUCACAGCCGCUGUGA